AUGGAUCAGCCGACCCUGAACCUGAAGAUGAUCAUCCUGAUCCACUGGGUGCUGACCAUCUGGGGCUGCCUCGUGUUCGGGGGCCCCUAUGCCUGGGCCAACUUCACCGUCCUGGCCUUGGGCGUGUGGGCCGUCGCUCAGAAGGACUCCCUGGAUGCCAUAAGCAUGUUUCUGGGCAGCUUGAUCAUCACCAUCCUCCUGGACAUCAUCCACAUCAGCAUCUUCUACCCUCGGGUCGGCCUCUUGGACUCGGGCCGCUUCGGCGCCGCCAUGGCCAUCCUCAGCCUGCUCCUCAAGCCCUUCUCCUGCUUCCUGAUCUACCAGAUAUACAUACAGCGCGGGGGCGGGGGCAUCAUCUACCCCAGUCCCGGAUUCCAAAAUCAGAGCACUGCCUACCAGACGAUUGACUCGACAGAGGCCCCCACAGACUUUUAUGCUGGCGUGGAGGGCAAGGGUCACACCUCCCAAGGCUACUGA